AUGCCCCGCCUCUGGUGGCUGCCUAAAACCUGGCGCCGGGCUAAAACAAACGCGAGGCAGCCCCCGAGCCUCCACUCAAGCCAAUUAAGGCGGACUCGGUCCACUCCGUUACGUGUACAUCCAACAAGAUCGGCGUUAAGCCGACGCCGAAUCAUGUCGAUGAGUCCAAAGCACACGACUCCGUUCUCAGUGUCUGACAUCUUGAGUCCCCUGGAGGAAAGCUACAAGAAAGUGGGCAUGGAGGGCGGCGGCCUCGGGGCUCCGCUCGCAGCGUACAGACAGGGCCAGGCGGCCCCGCCGGCCGCGGCCAUGCAGCAGCACGCCGUGGGGCACCACGGCGCCGUCACCGCCGCCUACCACAUGACGGCGGCGGGGGUGCCCCAGCUCUCGCACUCCGCCGUGGGGGGCUACUGCAACGGCAACCUGGGCAACAUGAGCGAGCUGCCGCCUUACCAGGACACCAUGCGGAACAGCGCUUCGGGCCCCGGAUGGUACGGCGCCAACCCAGACCCGCGCUUCCCCGCCAUCUCCCGCUUCAUGGGCCCGGCGAGCGGCAUGAAUAUGAGUGGCAUGGGCGGCCUGGGCUCGCUGGGGGACGUGAGCAAGAACAUGGCCCCGCUGCCCAGUGCGCCCCGCCGGAAGCGCCGCGUGCUCUUCUCCCAGGCGCAGGUGUACGAGCUCGAGCGACGUUUCAAGCAGCAGAAGUACCUGUCGGCGCCGGAGCGCGAGCAUCUGGCCAGCAUGAUUCACCUGACACCCACGCAGGUCAAGAUCUGGUUCCAGAAUCACCGCUACAAGAUGAAGCGCCAGGCUAAGGACAAGGCGGCGCAGCAGCAACUGCAGCAGGACAGCGGAGGCGGCGGUGGCGGCGGUGGCGGCGCGGGAUGCCCGCAGCAGCAGCAAGCUCAGCAACAGUCGCCACGCCGGGUGGCCGUGCCGGUCCUGGUGAAAGACGGCAAACCCUGCCAGGCGGGCGCCCCCGCCCCCGGAGCCGCCAGCCUGCAAGGCCACGCGCAGCAACAGGCUCAGCAGCAGGCGCAGGCGGCGCAAGCGGCUGCCGCGGCCAUCUCGGUGGGCAGCGGUGGCGCGGGUCUAGGAGCACACCCAGGCCACCAGCCUGGCAGCGCAGGGCAGUCCCCGGACCUGGCGCACCACGCAGCCAGCCCCGCAGCGCUGCAGGGCCAGGUCUCCAGCUUAUCCCAUCUGAACUCCUCAGGCUCGGACUAUGGUGCCAUGUCUUGCUCUACCUUGCUUUAUGGUCGGACCUGGUGA